AAAAUCAAACCCUACCCUUUCCUCUCUCUCUUUCCUUUCUCUGGCCCCAAAACUCUGAGCACUAGAUAAAAUUAGUCACCGCUCAUUUCAAAAUCCCCAACCCUAAAAAAGCAAUGAGAAACAAAGGUAAAGUUCACCCCUCCCCCUCUUCAUCUUCAUCCUCUGAUGAAGCUCUCUCCGUUCUCAAGCUCUUACCGGCUGCUAUUCUCACUCUCACCUGUGUCCUCUCUCUGGAGGACCGCGAAGUCUUGGCUUACAUGAUAACAAGGUCCAUGAAAGCCACCCAAGAGAAGACCAAAAGGCAAGUUUCUCACAAGCCCCCUCUCUUCCACUGCGACUGCUUCGACUGCUACACCAGCUUCUGGUUCCGCUGGGACUCCUCCCCCAACCGCGAGCUCAUUCAUCAAGCCAUUGAAGCCUUCGAGGAGCAUUUGAACAGCGGCGAGCACCCCAAGAAGAACAGCAGCAGCAAACACAGGAAGAAAGAGAAAAUGGGCCGCCGCGGGAUUGAGAGCCCUACGCCGGAGACGCCUAUGGUUGAAGAAAGCAGCUUUACCCGCCCAUUGCCUGAAAUUCAAUCGUCCCCGCUAGAAAACAUGGAGCCACCCGCCCCGGAACCUGGGAAAUAUUGUGAGGACGAUGAUGUUGCAGCUGCGCCGUUGCGCGAAACGACGCCGUCGGCGGGUCGCGUAGCGGCGGCGAAUAACCACAAGGGCUUCGCCAGAAAGGUGCUGCCGGACGUUUUAGGGGUGUUCAAUUCCCGUUUAUGGAGCCUUUGGAGUCCGAAUCUGUAAACAUAAUAAAAAUUAAAAUUAAAAUAAAAAAUCUGCUUUUCUUUUUUUAUAAAAUUCCUUAUUUAGAACCCGAAAAAUGUUAUUAAUCGUUGGCAGGUUACAUUCUUCCCGACACGUAAUGUUGAUUGUUUAGUUUAUUUUAUUUUUAUUGUUGAAGCUUAUAUUUGAUUCCCUUUCUGGUUUUGGUGGAUGGGUUAUUGGCUGCCAGUUGGGAAGUCAUUUUCCGGCGAGGAUUUCUUUAAUUGUGAUCUUAAUUGUUUACGACAAA